AGUUCAACGUGUCUGCACAGCGCAGUGUGUAUACGGCGCGGCCAUGUUUACGGAGACCAAGUUACCGCAUUGAAUACCGGGCGGCUUCCACAAAAUGGCGGAACUGUCAGGGUGACAGUGUAUUGAAGUGUGUGGAGGAUGGGACGGGCUGGAAGGUAGCCAUGCAGAGUGCACAGUUGUGGUCCCAGCUCAGUGGUCUCACUCGUACGUUCCGGCUGUGCAGAGCUGUUACUUCCCAGACUAUACCCUCCGGAGGCUUGUCGCCUGCCCCCCAUGUGUCACAUCUCCGCCUUCUCUCUACUGGAUCCCCUUUGUGUGCCAAACUACGAAACUUAGUCAAAGGCAAGAAAGAUGUGACGGAAAAGAAGCUGACUCGUUAUUUUGUCGAUCAUCGUAAAGUCCGCGUGGUGGGAGGAGCCGGUGGAGACGGGGCGUCCUGCUUCCAUAGUGAGCCGAGAAAGGAGUUCGGAGGACCAGAUGGGGGAGAUGGUGGAAAUGGAGGGCAUGUGAUAUUUAAGGUGGAUCCCUGUGUGAAGUCCCUCUCCUCUGUUGCUCCAGUGUGCCAAGGAUUUCAAGGCGAAUCUGGCCGGAGUAAGAAUUGUUAUGGAAAAGGGGGAGAGAACCUAUACAUUAGGGUCCCUGUUGGUACGCUGGUGAAGGAGAAUGGGGUGACCCUUGCUGACCUGUCCACACCGGGGGAGGAGUUUGUUGCAGCUUAUGGAGGUGUUGGAGGAAAAGGGAACCGUUUCUUUCUCAGCAAUGAGAACCGGGCUCCAGUAAUGGCCACACCAGGGGCGCCUGGAGAAGAGCACUGCCUGCACCUGGAGCUGAAAACUAUGGCUCACGCUGGCAUGGUAGGAUUUCCUAAUGCUGGCAAGUCAUCUUUGUUGCGCCUUCUGACCAAUGCCCGUCCCGCUGUGGCUGCCUAUCCCUUCACCACCCUCAAUCCCCACGUUGGGGUGAUCAAUUACCAAGAUUAUGAACAGAUAGCAGUGGCAGAUGUUCCAGGCAUCAUAGAAGGAGCCCAUCAGAACCGGGGUUUGGGCCUGUCAUUUCUCAGGCACAUUGAGAGGUGUCGGAUUCUGCUCUACGUGCUGGACCUCACACACCCAGAGCCAUGGACUCAGCUGAGCUCCUUACAAUAUGAACUGGGUCAGUUUGACGAGAGUCUCCCACUCCGUCCCCAUCUUAUUGUCGCCAACAAACUGGACCUUCCUAAUGCCAGAAGGACCCUGGUAUGUCUGCGGGAAAAGGUGAAAGGAAGGAUUGUUGCAGUGUCUGCACUGACUGGGGAGAAUGCUGAAGAGCUUAUACUUCAUCUUAGGGAGCUAUAUGAUGGACACAGACCAGAAGGAAAGAAAGCUGAACCUUACACAGGCUGGUGAAGAAAUUGCCUUACAAAACUGUUAAAGGGAUACUCCGGCCCUAAGACAUCUUAUCCCCUAUCCAAAGGAUAGGGGAUAAGAUGUUAGAUCGCGGGGGUCCUGCCGCUGGGGACCCCGCAAUCUGUCAUUUCCGCACCCACCUUUGUUAGCUCUCCGCAGCGCUGGAGGCUCCAAGUGUGAAACGUUAUGAUCAUGGGGCCGGAGUAUCGGGACGUCACGGCCUGCCCCCUCAAUGCAAGUCUAAGGGAGGGGGUGUGACGGCUCACAAAGGUGGGUGUGGAAUGACAGAUUGUGGGGUUCCCAGGGGUGGGACCCCCGCGAUCAGACAUCUUAUACCCUAUUCUUUGGAUAGGGGAUAAGAUGUCUUAGGGCUGGAAUACCCCUUUAAGACUGUGGCUGAGGUGGAUUAUGGCUACAGAGGGCUGUUGAUUGCAUACCUGUCUGCAGGAGGAAUUGGUUUGAUCUGUUCUGUUCAUUCCUGUAAUACAGGAGGAUUUAUGCUGUA